AUGAUUAACUAUUUUAACAUUAUUCAGAUUGCUAGGCUACCAGGUGCACCUGGAGCCGACUGCUUCACUGGAGUCGGCGAGAAAGGUGCUCCCGGCAAAGCCGGUUUGCGUGGACCUCGAGGAUCUCAGGGUAAAGACGGCGAGCAUGGACCUUGUGGCCCACCUGGGAAUCCAGGACCACAAGGUUUACCCGGCAUGGGUGGAGUUUCUGGAGCUAAUGGAACUGUUGGGCCGCAAGGAGAAGCUGGACAACCUGGUGACGAUAGCGGCUAUUGUAAAUGCCCUGAUCGUGAAGAAGUAAAUUUGUUGUUGAAAUCUGCUCUGUACUUGUAA